ACAGACAUGAAGGGCCGAUAUGACAGGAUGCGGUUCGAACUGGACGAGCGGCAGGGCAGGAUGACCGCCAAGCAUGUUAAGGAGUCCCGGGAUCUGCAGCGGCUGACUGACCUGGCCCGACUGCGCGUGCGCGAGGCGGAGCAGGAGCUGGCCAUGGUGCUGAUGCAGACCGAGCACGCCAAACACGAACUGCGCAUGCUCAGGAGGAAGUUCUUCCCAUCAGAGGACCCCAAGAAGAAGAAGACCAAGGUGACCCGGCAGGAGGUCACGGAAGACGUGAACUCUGAACUCAGCCGGCUGGCCAAGGAACUGGGCAUGCGCGUGCAGGAGUUCAACCAGAUUGAGGUGCAGAUCGAGCUCCACCUGGCGGGAGAAGCAGGAGCUGCAGGUGAAGAGACCUGUGCGGAAGACGGUGAGGAAACUCGCGUUGUGCUGGCGGGAAAAUCGAACUACGUGCGUUUUAUGCCACAGAGGACUCAAGACAUAUAUCUCACUUGA